AUGAGUUUCCGUCUUGCAACGAGAAAUGUACAAUUGAACCAAAGAUUGGGCUUGCAAGCCCGUGGUUUGACCACUCUUAAGCAAAGAGUACAAGAAUUGAUCCCAGAGCGCCAAAAGGAAGCUUUAGAGGUCAAGGCUCUUGCAGAGGAGAAGAAGCACUCAUUCGGUGACAACACAAUCGACCAAAUGUACGGUGGUAUGCGCGGUAUCAAAGCUCUCGUUUGGGAACCAUCCGUUUUGGAUGCUGAAGAGGGUAUCAGAUUCCGCGGCUUGACAAUCCCAGACUGUCAAGAACAACUUCCAAAGGCACCAGGUGGAAACGAGCCAUUACCAGAAGCUUUAUUCCACUUGCUUGUCACCGGUGAAGUCCCAACCCAAGAGCAAGUCAACGCUCUCUCAGAAGACUGGGCAGCUAGAGCUCAAAUUCCAAAGUUUAUCGAAGAACUUAUCGACAGAUGUCCAAAGUCACUCCACCCAAUGUCACAAUUCUCACUCGCAGUGACCGCUUUGAACCACGACUCUGCCUUCGCUAAGGCAUACGCUCAAGGUGUCAAUAAGAAGGAAUACUGGGACACCACCUUCGAGGACUCUAUGGACUUGAUCGCCAAGCUCCCAACUAUCGCUGGCCGUAUCUACCAAAACGUGUACGGUGAAGGCAAGCACGCACAAAUUGACUUGAAGAAGGACUACUCUCAGAACCUUGCUACCCUCCUCGGAUACGGCAACAACGACCAAUUCGUUGAGUUGAUGCGUCUCUACUUGACUAUCCACUCUGAUCACGAAGGUGGUAAUGUUUCAGCACACACUGGUCACUUGGUUGGCUCAGCAUUGAGCGAUCCAUUCCUUUCAUACUCAGCUGCAUUGAACGGUCUCGCUGGUCCACUCCACGGUCUCGCAAACCAAGAAGUUCUCUCAUGGAUCCUCAAGAUGAAGUCACAAAUCGGUGAGGAUGCUUCUGAUGAGAAGGUUAAGGAAUACGUCUGGUCUACUCUCAAGGGUGGUCAAGUUGUACCAGGUUACGGUCACGCUGUCCUUAGAAAGACUGACCCACGUUACCAAGCACAAAGAGAAUUUGCAUUGAAGCAUCUCCAAGGCGACAAGAACUUUAAGCUUGUUGACCAAAUUUACAACAUCGUUCCAGGUGUUCUCCUCGAGGCUGGUAAAGCUAAGAACCCAUGGCCAAAUGUCGAUGCACACUCUGGUGUGCUCCUUACUCACUACGGAUUCACCCAACAGAACUUUUACACAGUUCUUUUCGGUGUUUCUAGAGCACUUGGUGUUGCUUCUCAACUCAUCUGGGAUAGAGCUUUGGGUAUGCCACUCGAGCGUCCAAAGUCCUUCUCUACUGCACACCUCAAGAAGAUGUUGAACAAGUAA